AGCAGGAAGGAAAUACUAAAAAAACAAAAAGGUGAAGAAUAUGAUGAUAAUGGGAUUAGGGGGAGGAGGGACGCCAUUGAUGAGAAUGAACAAGAUCAUAAUCCGAGAUCUUGCAUUUGCUCCUCCACUUUCUCUCCUCUACAAUCACCACCUUCGUCGGACUAGGAGCUACUCGCUGUCUGUCAAGGCUUCUGCUGCCACCGGUGAAGACAAUGUUAGAGUCCGAUUCGCACCGUCGCCAACUGGCAAUCUUCACGUCGGCGGCGCUAGAACUGCCCUUUUCAACUACCUCUUUGCUAGGUCUAAAGGAGGGAAAUUAGUGUUGAGGAUUGAGGAUACUGACUUGGAAAGGUCUACUAAACAAUCUGAGGACGCUUUGCUUCGUGACCUUACUUGGCUCGGCCUUCAUUGGGAUGAAGGCCCGGAAAUUGGCGGCGACUACGGCCCUUAUCGACAGUCUGAAAGAAAUUCUCUAUAUAAGCAAUAUGCUGACAAGCUUUUGGAGUCUGGCCAUGCUUAUCGUUGUUUCUGUUCCAAUGAGGAGCUUGAGAAAAUGAAGGAGAUUGCUAAAUUAAAGCAGUUGCCUCCGGUCUACACUGGAAAGUGGGCCGCUGCUACUGAUGAACAAGUACAGGAAGAGCUUUCCAAGGGAACACCUCACACAUACAGGUUUCGUGUACCUAAGGAGGGGAGUGUGAAAAUUAACGAUCUGAUUCGAGAUGAAGUUAGUUGGAACUUGGAUACCCUUGGAGAUUUUGUGAUUAUGAGGAGUAAUGGCCAACCUGUGUACAACUUUUGUGUUACUGUUGAUGAUGCUACCAUGGCCAUCUCACAUGUUUUAAGAGCUGAGGAGCAUUUACCAAAUACUCUAAGACAAGCACUGAUAUAUAAGGCUCUUGGAUUUCCCAUGCCACGUUUCGCACAUGUAUCUUUAAUUCUUGCUCCCGAUCGAAGCAAAUUGUCAAAACGGCAUGGUGCAACUUCAGUGGGUCAGUUCAGGGAGAUGGGAUAUCUGCCUCAGGCUAUGGUGAAUUACCUGGCACUUUUAGGUUGGGGAGAUGGCACAGAAAAUGAAUUUUUUACCCUUGAACAACUUGUUGAAAAAUUCUCAAUUGAACGUGUUAACAAAAGCGGUGCCAUUUUUGACUCCACUAAGUUAAGGUGGAUGAACGGUCAGCAUUUAAGGGCACUUUCAUCAGAGGAAUUAAUCAAACUUAUUGGUGAAAGCUGGAAAAACUCGGGCAUCCUUAUGGCAUCUGAAGGAUCAUUUGUAGAAGAAGCAGUUCAGCUGCUUAAGGAUGGGAUUGACUUGGCAACUGAUUCAGACAAAGCACUAUCAAACUUGUUAUCUUAUCCCUUACAUGCUACUUUAGUGAGUCCAGAAGGUAAGGCUGUUGUAGAUGAUAAGCUUUCUGAAGUUUCUUCCAGCCUUUUAGCCGCAUAUGAUAGUGGUGAAAUCCUAAGUGCAUUAGAAGAAGGCCCUUCAGGUUGGCAGAAGUGGGUGAAAACCUUCGGCAAAUCUUUGAAACGCAAGGGUAAAUCGCUAUUCAUGCCACUUAGGCUGUUGUUAACCGGAAAGCUCCAUGGUCCAGACAUGGGUUCGAGUGUCAUCCUACUCCAUAAGGCUGGAUUGAGCGGCGUUGUUUCCCCACAAGCUGGAUUUGUCACAUUGAAAGAGAGGUUUGAAAUGCUGAGGCAAGUUGACUGGGAAGCACUAAACAAGGAUCAACCUUCCUUGGAGUCUGCUGCUGCUGUAUCAAAUUGAGAAUAACAUGUUUUGACCUGCUAUUUCUUUUGAUCUGCUGUCUUUUAAAAAAUUUAAUGGUGAAUGGCAUUUGCCAUUUGAUGUACUAGUGCUAGUGUUGUUGGAUAAGCAUGUUUCAUAUGCAAUGAGAUAAAUUUAGAGUACUAAUGGGGGUUGAUUGCUCCAAUUGAUGUCA